AUGGAUAAACUUAAAUACAUACUAAAAUCUUAUGAAACAUGGGUUUGCAAAAACCCAGAUACUGUCGGGGACUUUGAGACAACAGCAAAAUGGGCCUCAUAUUUUGUUGCAGGUCGCAUAACAGAUUCCUCCGUGGCCACAGAAUUGGUAUAUUCCCUCUCCAAUUUACUUGUAAUGUAUAAUGAUCGCAUUAUUGCCAAAUAUCGUCCAGAAAUUGCAAGCAUCAACGAUUGCAGCAUUGCCGAACCCACAAACAGUGUCUGCUAUCGUCUAAAGGUCAUGUUGACCACAUUAGAAUACUGUGAAGUUUUCAUUGAAAUAUCUGCCAAGAAAUUAUUUGGUAAUAAGGGUAAAUGGAUACUGGUAGCCUUCUUGCAAUGUUUGAAGGCAGCUGGAAGAUUUUUCAUUUUAAAACAUUCCACAGAACGUAUUAUCACUACACCGGCCCUACCGGUAUUGAAUAGAAAAAAAUUAUCCAAGAAAAAUAAUGCUGCUGCAACAACAUCAACAAAUCAACUAUCAAUGGAUGAACAUAGUGUAACCAUUAAGUUGAAACGUUCCGGACGUAUUAUGCGUAAGGUGGAAGGUGCUCCACCGUUGCAAUAUCGUAGUUUUAAGCUACAGGAAGAAGUUAUGAGUGUACAAAACCAACAUCAUCCCAAAGGGUUGUUACAGGCGGAAUAUCUCUAUAUAGCCAAGCCAUUGAUUCACCUAGCAUCGAUGGGUGUAUUUGGUGAAAAAUCCUGGAAGCAAUUAUUGGUAUCAUUGGCUGUCGAUGUGACCAGCAUUAAAAUGUAUCACAACAAUCGUCAGCAUAUGUCCAAGGAACAGCAGCGAAUACUAUCACAUCGCUGCCUCAAUUUGUGUAUGUAUUUAAUGCGUUCACCAUUCUAUGAACGUUUUACACAAUCCCGUCUCGAGGGUCUUCUCAAUUUACUUGCGAAAAUUCCAAUUGCCAAAAUGAUGGCUGGUCCACUGAGAGAUUAUAUACCCCACUGGCAGGCAAUGUAUUUCUAUAUGUGGUCGACGUAA